GAUUACAUCUUAUUCUCCCAAACCGAAUGCAGUUACGUUGCCUCCGCUUCGCUUUUAAAAUCCUUCUUAUUAGCGGUGGAAUUUUGACAGUUUUGUAUUUUAAAGGGUAUGAUAUUUUACCUUCGAGCUCUCAUAACUUGAGCGGAACCUGGUCAAGUCGUGCGAAAUAUGUUAAACGUUUCGUGCAGUCUAGUUCUGCCUGUCGUCUCCCUAACUUGGAUCCAUAUCACCCUACCAUAAUGAAAUUUAUGAAAGAUCUUGGCAAGCUUGAGUGCAAGGGAGAAAUAUUUUCAAACUUCAAAGGCGACAUUCUCGAAGUGAAAGGAAAAGGGAUAUAUUCCGGAAGAUAUAGAAUGAUUCAAAGACCGCGUGGAGAUGAUUCGAAGGCUGAACUUUCCGAUCCCAUAGAGAUGGUGAACCUGGUCAAGCCGACUGCACAACCAAAUCAAAGGGGAUUCAUUCCGUGGUCCUGGUUCUUUCGGAGUAAGUCGGCUUCUUCAAACCCUGGAAGUUUUUUGGGCAAAGCAAAGGUCAAAUCUGAUUUAAUCCGAGUCGAUGUUGUUACGACGUCCGGUGAGGUAAAGAGUGAUGUGCACAUGCAAGUCAUACCAAAAGAUGAAGUACUAUCAAGAUCAGUACAGAAUGGUGGUAUUCCACUGGAUAUCUCACUGAUCAUGUUUGAUUCCACAUCUGCUGCCAACUUCCAAAGAAAGAUGCCCAAUACUUUGGAAUACUUGACGAAGCACCUCAAUUCAGUUGUUCUUGAGGGUGAGACAAUUGUUGGUGAUGGCACAACAGCUCAGCUUUGUGCAUUGCUUACUGGAAUUGCUGAAAAGGACCAGCCUGAAGCCAGACGAAGUGAAAGUAACUCCAUCACAGUUGAUAACUGGAGGUGGAUUUUUAAAAAUUUCAAACAGCAUGGAUACGCCACUCUAUUUUCCGAGGACUUUCCAAGACUUGCAUCAUUUAAUUACCGUCUUCUUGGGUUUAAAGAUCCACCUACGGACCAUUAUUCCAGACCUUUUUGGUUAGAGGCAGAAAAUGUUAUUAAAGGUCACUGCAUUGGUGGCCGCGCCUCCCAUAAUAUAUCACUGGAGUAUUUGAUGAGCUUCUAUCGUGCCUACAAAGACAGGCCAAAAUUUUCACUGGUGACACACGCGGUGAUCUCACACGAUGAUCAGAACACUAUUGGUUACAGCGAUGAUGACUUAAAAACAAUUUUGCAAACCAUGGAAAAUGAGUCUUUUCUCAAUAAUACCCUCUUAAUUAUAUUCGGAGACCAUGGGGCUAGGUUUUCUAAUGUGAGGAAAUCAAUCCAAGGGAAGCUUGAGGAGAGACUCCCCUUCAUGUCUAUUACAGUACCAAAGUGGUUUAUGGAGAAGUACCGAGUGUUAUACAAGAAUUUGAUCCAUAAUUCCAAAGUAAUGACCACACCCUUUGACGUGUACGCCACCCUGCGUCACAUCCUGUCAUAUCCAAGUUAUCCGAGCGGGAUAACAACUGGUCAAAGCCUGUUUAACAGGAUCGACAAAGAGAACCGCACGUGUGAAAACAGCGGUGUUGAGGAACAUUGGUGUCCAUGCCUGAACUUAGAAGAAGUCUCAAUAGACAAACCUUUGGUAAAGAUGUUAGCAGAAUUUGUGGUUACGUUCAUGAACAAGUUAAUGUCAAAAUACUCCGAAUUAAAACAUCUUUGUCAUAAGUUAGUUUUAAGAGAGAUCAAAAGUGCAUACGGUGACAUGCCAAGUGCAAAAUUACAAUUCUUUGAGAAAAGUCGCCGAGAUGAUGACUGUGACUCUUGUGGGGUCAUAUUCGGUGAAAAAUCUGUCAACACUUUGGCCGACAACACUUUGUAUCAGUUGCAGUUAACAACGUCUCCGAAUGAUGGAUUUUACGAAGCUACGAUCAAAGUGAAGGAAGGCGUUCCUUCGCUAAGAGGUGAUAUUAGUCGAAUCGACGCUUAUGGAAAUCAGCCGGAUUGCAUCGCUGACAAAUUUCCACUGCUACGAAAGUAUUGUUACUGCUCAUAGAAAAAAAUCUCUGUAGCAGAUGUAUUUUGAGACCGCUUCAACACCAUGUAUCCUUGAACGAGAAACAGAGUUCGCGGCACUUGAUGAUUAUAGGUGACAAGUCUAACAGGCCCACGACGCUAUGUACAUAGAGUUACAAGAAAGGAGAGAGGCCUGGACGAGACGAGAAAGAGAAGCUUGAGCAAUUUACGCGACGUACCGAAAUAAACACAGUACAACAUUUAAAGCGUGAUGCACUGUGUUGUGACGCAGAUUAUAACUGUCUAAUUCAAAUGGUAUGUUAUAAAAGAUUUUACUUGCAAAACUAAUAGUUCAUUCUCACAAGGAAAAUCAUUGCAGUUUAUUUGACAUCGCAUGGUUUCACCAUACAAUAGCUUCCACAGUUUGCGCUAAGCACGUGUAUUUCAUUGGACAGAUCGCCCUUACAACACAACGCAGGUAUACGUCUCGUGGUACAAUAUAUAAUAUAUAACUAGAGAACUAACAGAGAACUGGAUCAUUAAAAGAUAUGAACAAGUACGAAGAGUAUAGAUAUGCUAUAUCAGGGCUCGACACUAACUUUUCAACUUACCAGUCAAGUGGCUAAUGACAACUUGGAUGUUACAACAAUUUCAGUUUGUUAACUUGCCAAACUGGCCUGUGGAAAUCGAAAACCACCAGCCAACCACUGGU